AUGGCGAGCUCUAGAGCAAUAGUGUGUAUAGCGAGACGGUCGAAAGCUCCUAUAUCUCGAUGUACACGUCGAGCGGCUCAUCCAGUGAGAUAUAUGGAGACAGAUGCUUUCAAUAAGGAUGUAGAAAAGAAGAUUAGUAAUCGCCCUACGAGAAGAAGUGGAGUUCUGAAUGAUGGCAAGGAAGAACGGAAAUCAGCAUCAAUGCCAAACUUUUAUGGAUGGAUCGACGCACCACUAAACAUACCCGUCAUCCAACCAACACCCCCUCCUCACGGCCGUCUCGUAUGCACCGUCCAACUGUCCUCCCACAUGCCAGACCACCUAGACUUUAUAUCCUAUUUCGCAAUCCAUUCAGCAAAAGCCAUGGGUAUACCGGCCACACAAUCCAUCAUCCACUUGCCAACAGACUGGAAGAAGUGGAAUCUCAUAAAAUCACCAUUUAUAUUCGCAAAGACUAAAGAGAUCUUGGAAGAAAAGGUGUAUCAUCGUGCUGUACAGAUCUUUGAUGUGGAUCGGUCGACUGUGAAGGGUUGGGUGAGAUAUGUUGUGGAGAGGUUGCCUGAAGGGAUUGAUGCUGUUGUUGAUGAGUACGAGUGGAAGGUGUUGGAUGAGAUUCAGAGUAGUAGUAGUGUGACUAGUACCAGCGCUGAUGGUGAUGCAACUGAAGGUAGUAGUAGUGGAAGUGCAACGCCGGCUAGUAAGAAUCCGACGUUUAAGGAGCAGGUACACUCCGAAAUGGAGAAAUGGCUGGCGGCUCAUGAAGCUACAAGGGCUGCACCACGAGUACGUCCAACUCCUGUUGUCGCUAGUAGUGAUACUGGAAAAGGAAGUAACGUUGCUGCUUCAACAACAACACAAACCGGUAAAAAAGAGUCUGCAAAACAAGUAGCAGCCCGUGCUGCUAAAGCUGCUGAACUAGAGGCUGCCAAAAAGAAAAAGUAG